AUGCUCACCGCUGCUUUGUCCCCCCCCACCGCCUCACCCCCUCCCCAAAUCCAUUUUCCUGGCUGUGUGACUCUGAAGAAGGCCUUUUCAUCCCAGGCGGGUCCUCCCUGUUCUUACCCCUUCCAACCAUCUUCCCUCGGGGUUUUUGGCAUCAAUAAAGAAACCAUGUCAAAGGUCGAUUUAUCUAAUGACGGUCUCAUUGGGGUCGAUUACGACUCACGAGGCUAUCUCCAGCAAGCAUGGUCCGUGCCGGUAGAGAACCAACGGCCCGAGGAUCAUGAUCUCUCGCCUCUUCAGACCAGCGGUCACACUCUCGAACAGUCGGUGGCCCAAGAUCCAAACUUCAUGGCCGAUUGGCAGUUCCAGCAUUUGCACGCCCCUCAGCAACAUCAGCAUCAGCAUCAGCACCAUCAUCAGCAUCAGCACUUGUACUCACCCGAAGACCCGUCAUCUGCUCCGCAAUUCACCGCUGCCAGCUAUGGCAUGCCUAUCCAAUCAUCCCCGCUGGAGUUGCUGCCCGGAUCUCAGGCUCAGAUGAGCGCCGGUCUGCUGGAGGGAUCUUACCUGCCCAUGGCCGCACCCGUCGAUAUGGUGCCGUUCACGUAUCAUGACUUUCAGGCCGACCUGAUGACCUUCCCCAACAGCCUGAGUGAUCUGUCAUAUACGGCCCCCCAUCCGGUCAUGGAGAGCAGUUCACCCACUGAUACUUAUCUGGAAGUCCGUUCUCUGUCCAGCAGCGACAAUGGUUGGAGUACCGUCGACCACCGCCGUUCUCUCGAUUUUGGCUUCCCCGAGCAGGGCGUCUUCGUCAAUCCAACUCAAACGCUUCAUGACCGAAGUCUCUCUGAGUCAUCUUACUCGACCUAUGGUAGCUUCGUUGAUAUCGCCCACCCGAUCAGCUCUCCCAGCUCCGAGAGCAACAUCGACUUGACCUUCAAUGCAGCCCUCAGCUUCGCCGGUACCUCGCCACCCAGCAACGCUCUGAUCCACCGCGACAACCACUCAUCGCCAGGCUCCCGCUCGCCUUCCGCCGUCAGCCCCAGUGCAAUGGUCCGUCCGGUGCCUGUGCCAAUCAAGAAAUCCACCUCCCCGACCCGCUCUUCUGGUUCCCAGUCAUCUGCGUCCCCACCAAGCCGCAAACCAUCAAGGAAAAGCCCGAUUGCCGCCAAGACCUCCGAGACCAAGAUCCGCAAGCAAUCGCAGACCGGCAAAGGCGAGACUGAGAAGCGCGUUGGUAAGCGGAAGGGUCCUCUCAAGCCUGACCAGCGAAAGCAAGCCAGCGAGAUCCGCAAGCUGCGUGCUUGCCUGCGUUGCAAGUUCCUCAAGAAGACCUGCGACAAAGGCGAACCUUGCGCCGGUUGCCAGCCCUCGCACGCCCGGUUAUGGCAGGUUCCUUGCACUCGUAUUGAUAUCAAAGAGAUUGGCUAUUUCAUGAAAGACUGGAAAGCUGACUACGAACGUCACAUCUCGAUGGGUUUCUCCGUUGGCAACAUCAAGGGCUUCUCGGACCAGGAACGCACUCUGUUUAUCACUCACGGCUACGGACAAAUAUUGCCCAUCAACGCCCGCGAGGUUUACGUUCGUGAUGAGCAGUGCUUCACCAUCGACUGGGUGGAGUCUUUGCACCGUGACCCUACUCAAUAUGAGGUCGAGACCGCCAAACUCUCCGCUGGCAUGGAGGGCAUCUCCCAUGCCAUGCUUUCUGACUACUUGGACCGCCACAUCGACGGAAACGGUACCUUUGAGAAGUUUGUCGACGACUACUUCGAGGGUACUCCUUUCCUCACUCAGAUGUUGAAGACUGCAUUCCGCUACUACUAUCGUACCAAGCUGCCUGUGAUCCGAAAAGCCCUCAAGCUGAUCAUCGCCUACAACUUGACUCUACAUGUCACCAUGGUUGAGGGACUUGGUGAUGAGGAUAACUUCAUGGGCAAGAUCGAGGAGCCUUCAUCCAAGUUCACGGGCAAGACCAUGGCUCCAGUUAUGAUCAAUUUCCAGAUCAAGUGUGCUAUGGCAAGUAUGUGGCGUGAACUGCAAAAGGAUGUCUUGGAGGAGUUAUCUUCACUCUACUCCAGCGUGUACAGCGGUGACAAGCUCAAGAACUGGCCCACUAUCUUCAUCCUUGCGUCAAUCUUGUUGGCUGUCUGGGAAGAGAUGCAGUUCGACUGCCACUACCGGACCCCCGACCAAGCUGCCGUCGACAAGUUCUGUACCGAUAUGGAGACCACACCAGUUGGUGUCAUUGUUGGCUUGUUCCAGGCCAUCUCCCAGAAGCUGCCCCCUUUCACCGAGUGGGACUCCCAGAAGCACCACCACCUGCUUUACUCAAACCCUGAUGUCUGCAACACCAUGACCGAGGUCCGGCAACAUGUUGAGCAACACGAGAACUACCUUCGUAGCCGCACUGGCUCAUCAUUUGACCGUAACGACUUUGACUGUUUGUCCAAUAAAUUUGUGUCUCGGCUCGUGAUCCGCGCAAACUAG